AUGAGAAAUUCCACUACAGUAACAAACUUCAUUCUUCUUGGACUAACCGGCGACCCGCAGUGGCAGGUGGUGCUUUUCGUAUUUCUCCUGGUUACCUACAUGCUGAGUGUGACUGGGAACCUGAUCAUUAUCAUCCUCACCCUCUCAGAUCCCCAUCUGCAGACACCGAUGUAUUUCUUCCUUAGAAACUUCUCAUUUCUAGAAAUAUCAUUUACCUCUGUCUGCAUCCCCAGAUUCCUUGUCACGAUCGUGACAGGAGACAGAACUAUUUCCUAUAAUGGUUGUGUGGCUCAGUUAUUUUUUUUCAUCUUCUUGGGGGCGACAGAAUUUUACCUUCUGGCUGCCAUGUCCUAUGAUCGUUAUGUGGCCAUCUGCAAACCUCUGCAUUACACAACCAUUAUGAACAGCAAAGUCUGCAUCCUCCUUGUGCUUAGCUCGUGGCUUGCGGGUUUCUUGAUCAUCUUCCCACCUACGAUCUUCCUGCUGCAGUUGGAUUUUUGUGCCUCCAAUGUGAUCGAUCAUUUCAUCUGUGACUCUUCUCCAAUUCUACAGCUUUCUUGCACAAAUACUCGCUUUCUAGAACUCGUGGCCUUUUUUUUAGCGGUGGUAACACUCAUGGUCACUUUGACAUUAGUUAUUCUCUCCUACACGAAAAUCAUCCGGACAAUUUUGAGAAUUCCUUCCACUAGUCAAAGGAAAAAAGCAUUUUCCACAUGUUCCUCCCAUAUGGUUGUCGUCUCCCUUUCUUAUGGGAGUUGCAUCUUCAUGUAUAUUAAGCCUUCUGCAAGGGAGAGAGUGACUUUAAGCAAAGGGGUAGCUGUGCUCAAUACCUCGGUGGCACCGCUCUUGAAUCCCUUCAUCUAUACGUUAAGGAAUCAGCAAGUGAAGCGAGCCUUCAAGAGCGUGGUCCAGAGGAUGAUUCUUGUUUCAAAUAAAUGA